AUGUCUUCCGAGUACUCUCUCCGCAAGGUUGCCGCUCCCAACACCCUGGAGCACCGCGUCUACAUCGAGAAGGAUGGCGUCCCCGUCUCCCCCUUCCACGACAUCCCCCUCUACGCCAACCAGGAGCAGACCAUCCUGAACAUGAUCGUCGAGAUCCCCCGAUGGACCAAUGGCAAGCUCGAGGUCUCAUGCUGUGGUGGCCGGAUCUACCUUCUCUCUUGUCGGCCAGCACGCUCUCAUCCCCUCUCCCCCCUCCUCUCCCUCGACCAUGUCCACCGCUCGCCCCUCGAUCAACCCCGCCACACGGGCGCAGUAUCGGCAGCAGCAAGACUGACGCACAGCCGUCACAAACAACAGAUCUCCAAGGAGGAGCUCCUCAACCCCAUCAAGCAGGACAUCAAGAAGGGUAAGCUCCGCUUCGUCCGCAACUGCUUCCCCCACAAGGGUUACCUGUGGAACUACGGUGCCUUCCCCCAGCUGUGCUUACCUAUGCUGAUCUUAUCCUUCUAG